GGUUAAUGUGAGUUGCAUAUCAUCACUCUUAAUGAACAAUGGCCUGCUGAUUCUGCAGCCAACUCCGAUAAACUACAUAGACCAAACCCUUAUGCAUUCUCCCUUUUUUUCUCUCUUUAUUCUUUCUUUAUUAAAAUGGAAUUAGACGGGCCAUGGUUUGUUGAUAGCAAAACGAAACGAACCAUUCUUUUCAAAGGCAUCAACCUCAGUGGAGAGACAAAGAUACCUAUUGGGUUACCCUCACAUGAAAGUAAUGGUUACUGGGUUGACUACGACAGAAGAGUUAACUUUGUGGGAAGACCAUUUCCACUUGAUGAAGCAGAUGAGCAUUUGUCAAGAAUCGCAAGUUAUGGGUUCAAUUUACUCCGCUUUGUUAUCACCUGGGAAGCUAUUGAACAUGAAGGGCCUGGCAUUUAUGAUCAAGAUUACUUGAAUUAUUUAAUCCAAGUGUUGAAGAAAUGUGAAGCAUACAACUUGAAAGUCUAUAUCGAUCCUCACCAAGACUGUUGGUCUCGACACUGUGGAGGUUCAGGACAUCCUGGUUGGACCUUGGUCCUUGCUGGUUUAAACCCAUUGCAUUUUCCAGAUACAAAUGCUGCUAUUGUGCAUAAUCUGUAUUCAAAUCCAGACGAAUUUCCUAAAAUGAUUUGGAACACAAAUUAUCAAAAACUGGCAGCUGCCACCAUGUUUACCUUAUUUUUUGCGGGCAGAACGUUUGCCCCCAAGUGUAUAGUCAAUGGUGUGAAUGUACAAGAUUUUUUACAAGACCAUUUCUUUCGUUGUAUGGCUGAGGUGGUCAAAAAGAUCAAAGAAAAUCAGCUCGAUACUGUGGUCAUUGGCUACGACUGUAUGAACGAGCCUGGUCAAGGAUACCUUUCGAUCCACGAUAUCACUCAUUUUAAUAAAGUGGACACUGAUUUCCGUAUGGGAUUAAUGCCUACUGCCUUUGAAGGCAUGCUGUUAGGAUCAGGCAAUCCAACCGUCGUAGAUCAGUGGGAGUUUACAUGGUCAGGACCGAAAAAGACGGGCAGAGUCAUGGUAGACCCAAAAGGAAAGCAGGCAUGGAUGUCUAGUGAAGAAUUAGAAGAGGCAUAUGCAUCAUUUGGCUGGAAACGAGCAGAAUCUUGGCCAGCAGGAUGUAUCUGGGCAACGCAUGAUGUUUGGGAUAUAGAUACCAAAAAAGUGAUUCAACCAGAAUACUUUGCUACACAUCCUCAGACUGGUUUACCCACCAAAUUCUCUGACUAUUGGUUAGAUCAUUUUAAAAACUACAUGAAUGUCAUACGACGCAUUCAACCUGACGCACUCAUGUUUGUACAGCCUGCAGUAUUAGAAAUUCCUCCCAAGAUGUCUUUUCCUACUGAAAGACUUGUCUAUGCGCCUCAUUGGUAUGAUGGCCUUACACUUGUGAAGAAAAAGUGGUGUAAUUACAAUGUAGACUUUAUCAACCUACAGAGAGGAAAGUAUGGUACUGGCCCGCUCCGAUAUUUACGCGCCCUUCGUGUUGGAGAAAAAGCGAUCAGGCAGUGCUUUGUAGAUCAAUUAAAGACAAUGCAACAAGAGGGACUAGAAAACUUGGGCGAGUAUCCUUGUAUACUGGGUGAAAUUGGUAUCCCCUAUGAUAUGGAAAUGAAUCAGAGUAAAGAUGAGUCGCUUUUCUCCUAUUGUUUCAGUUACUUGCUAUCCUUCUUUCAAGAUCAACAAGGUGACUACAUUAGCCAUCCUAAAUCGAAUCAGAACAAGGCGAUGGAUGCCAAUCUUUUUGCUCUCGAAAAGAAUUUACUCAACUAUACCUUGUGGAAUUAUGUUCCAGAUAACGAUGCUAAAUGGGGUGACCUCUGGAACGGAGAGGAUCUUAGUAUAUGGCAACUGGCUGAGAAGGAUCCUGAUUUCUUGAACAAUACAGAAUCACCACAAGACUCUACAAGCUCGAUUACGACCAUGAAGACAAUUGUGGUAGAAAACGAAGAUACGACAGAUAUCAAAAAGGCAACCAUGACGGAGGAUAGCCUAUCAAACCAUUUUCGUCAAAAUACACGAGAUCUUGUCAGUUUACACAGACCACAUCCCCAGAAGACUGCAGGGACUCCAAUGGGAAUCACAUUUGUAUCACCCACAUUUACAACGCCAGCCUCAUUUGAAUAUAUUCUGCAGCCAAACUUUGAAUGCAUUGGUCCAACCGAGAUACAUGUGCCCAUAAAGAAUUUCCCUUUGCCACCAGAGACCAAGGUGAAUGUCAAUUUUGGCAGAUGGGAGGUAUCCAAAGUGACAGACCAUGACUGGAUUCUCUCUUGGUGGAUAGAUGAAGACAUAAAGGAGGCUGAACCCAAGCUGAGAUUGGAGGGUAUCUCUUACCAACAGUAAAAAACACGUGUGAAUUGGCCAAUGGAAAAAUAAACAAUGAUACACAGUAUUUUUUACAAUAUAAAAACUCCUCUCUCUUUUUUUCUUUUUCUCUCUCUCUUUCUUUCUUU